AUGACCAGGAAACCGCCGCCAAUCUUCCUUGAGCCGCCGGCAGCGUCGACUGCCCACGGCGACGCUGAUUCGCUGUCGGGAACACAGCAGCACGACCCGCAUGAGCUCGCCCGGUACCGGCAGCUUAAGGAGCAGCAUGCAACGCGACUGCUUCGCGACGCCAUGGCAACCAUCGACGAGCGGAUCCUGGACCUUCAAGGCGCCGGCCACACCGUCGGUCGCGCGUGGACGGCAGCGGAGACAGCGCCGGCGCGCACGUCGCAGUUUGCGGCGCCGGCAGCCAGAAGCGACGACGUGAACGAGAGCGUGGAUGCAAACGCGACGCGGGCGAAUGUGGCAAUGGAGAUGCAGAGGUUCAUGCAGAUGGCGCCAGCGCAAACAAUGGGCGACACCUCGACGACAACGGCAGCAGCGACAUCGACCACCGCCAGUGGUGAUGGUCGUGACGAUGACUCUGCGCGGGCGCCACUCGCUGCAAUUCGCCUCCAACCACUGAAGAAAGCAGCCGUAACCACCACCAACACCACAUCACCACCACCACCAUCGUCAUCGUCGUCAACGAGUGGUCGGCGGCGGCGACAGCGGCCCGUCGGGAAAUCGCGCGCAUCGCAACGACGCAGCGUCGCAGGCCGUGACGAUGGAGCGAAGGGUGAUGGUGGUGAUGGAGCAAAGGGUGAUGGUGGUGCUGCGCACGACACGACUGCGCCACCGUCGCGUGCCAGUCGACGGAGGCGGCCGGCGGCGCGCAGUCGAGCAGCACGACGCCGCGCUGGUGGUGGUGAAGAUGGAAGGGAUGUGACCAAAGCAGACACGAUGCACCAACCGCCACAGCAGCAGCAGCAGCAGCAGCAGCAGCAGCAGCAGCAGCAGCAGCAGCAGCAGCAGCAGCAGGGGGGUGAGGGAGGACUGCAGCCACCACCGCCGCCGUCAUCAUCAUCGUCUUCAUCGUCCUCGCGUGUGCGUUCACCGAAGAUGCGGCGCUCGCGGUUUGGGGGCGGGAUCCAACUGGAGGGAACAGCAGACAUCGACCUGUAG